GUGUAAUCCUCCCAGCCAGCAGGUGUCGCUAAGGAAGGUUGUCCUCCCAUCCCGUAGGCGUCACGGGUGUUCCUCCGCGCCUGUGGGUGUCGCUGUGGCAAGAGGACCGCGGUUCCCGGACGGGCCGCAGCGAGGAGGCUUUGUUGCCAGGCGGGUCGUAGUGAGAGCCCGGUGCCCUGCCCGAGAGGCUGAAGAUGAUGCCAGCUGAAGAAGCCCCCUCAACCCAGACUACAGAUGGCCCAGGUCCAGAUGAGCCUCCUCCUGCCCCAGAGAGCCUGCAAUCGAUUGGAUUUGCUGCUGACCCUGAUGUCUCCAACAGCAGACCAUCCAGUUCGGCUGCCCUCCCUGCGGCCGAGGUGCGGACUGCUUCGAAGGUACUCCACAUCGACCGUCAGCAGAUCCAAGUGGUGGAGCAGAGUGCCCAGGUUAUGGAGCUGCAGAGCCUGGGAGUGGACGUCUACGACCAGGACGUGCUGGAGCGAGGAGUUUUACAACAAGUGGACCAAGCUAUAAAUGAAGCCAGCCAAGCGGCCAGAAGAGCAGAAGCAGAAAAGGAAUACUAUUCACUAUUGGACGAGUUGAGGUCCACUACAACAUGUCUGAAACACACCAACAGGAUCAUUGAGCAGUUGACUCCUCAUGCUGAUACAAAUAAAGACAUAAGCAGGAAGCUGGAGUCGGUGAAGAGGCAGAAAGAAAACAAGGAGAAACAGUUGAAGAAAAUCACUGCGAAACAGAAGCGUCUACAGGCGCUGCUCUCCGGUGCUGAUGUUCAGAAGCUUGAAGCUGAAUUUGAACCUUGUGAAGAAGAACCAGGCCCUUCAACCCUGGGAAGUAUGUUGAUGCCUGUGCAGGAAACAGAGUGGGAGCACCUAAUCCGUACAGGACAGAUGACUCCGUUUGGCACUAAAAUUCCUCAGAAAGAAACAAAAAAGGAACCUCGCAAGAUCAUGCUUAAUGAUGCUUCUGAUUUUGAGAAGUACCUGGCUGAUCAGGCAAAGAUGGCGGCGAUUCGGAGGAAACCACUGGUUAAAAAGAGCAAAGUAAAGGCAAGAGUUAUCAAUCAGAAUAAAACUACAACUUGCAGCAGCCAUGCUCCGGAUUCAAAGCGUAGCCAUAAGAAAAAUGGCACCAGGUCUAAAGCAGACCAAAAGCUAAAGAAACAUUUGCGGAAAUUGCAGAGCAAAGCCCUUGAGAUUAAAUUUAAAGCGGGAGUCCCAGUGAGGAAGAGCUCAUGUCUGCAGUCAAUAGCAGAGCAAGAGGACAAAGGCUGUGAUAGUGAUGACUCCCUCUACGUGCCUGACGAGGAGCUGCUUGAUCUAGAUGAAGUAGCUGACGACAGUGACGAGUUAGUGGAUCAAGACCGAUUCAAUAAAGUAAAAAAGAAAAGGCAAAAAGUUCGGCAUGUAGAUGCAGAUUUCUCUGCAAGCUCAGGAGAUGAUGAAGCAAAACACAAACUGAGAAAAUAUGUGGAUGAUGGAAACGAGGAUCUGUACCGGAAAAGAUUAAGGAAAUGGAAAAGAAAACGCCUGUUGGAAAAGGAACUGCGCCAAGCCAGUGGGGAAACUGCUGAAUCAGAUGAAAGUGAUGCAGAGUUUGAUGAGGGGUUCAAGGUGCCAGGCUUCUUCUGGAGAAAGCUCUACAAGUAUCAGCAGACAGGUGUGAGGUGGUUAUGGGAGCUGCACUGUCAGCAGGCAGGGGGGAUUCUGGGAGACGAAAUGGGACUGGGCAAGACCAUCCAGAUAAUUGCUUUUUUGGCAAGCUUGAGCUACAGCAAGAUAAGGACACGAGGCUCAAAUUACAGGUAUAAUGGUUUGGGGCCUGUGCUUAUUGUCUGCCCAGUAACAGUGAUUCAUCAGUGGGUAAAGGAAUUCCACAAUUGGUGGCCACCAUUCAGAGUGGCAAUUCUGCACGAAAUGGGUUCCUUUACCAACAGGAAGGAGAGACUUAUUCAUGACAUUGCAGCAUGCAAUGGUAUUCUGAUCACCUCUUACUCCUACAUUCGGAUCAUGCAGGAGUCAAUUGCACGCUACCAUUGGCAUUAUGUAAUUCUGGAUGAGGGGCACAAAAUCCGAAACCCAAAUGCUGCCAUUACUGUUGCAUGUAAACAGUUCCGGACUCCACAUCGAAUUAUCCUGUCUGGUUCACCGAUGCAGAAUAACCUGAAGGAGCUGUGGUCCUUGUUUGACUUUGUUUUUCCAGGAAAGCUAGGAACAUUGCAAGUCUUUAUGGAGCAGUUUUCUGUCCCUAUCACUAUGGGAGGUUAUCAGAAUGCUUCCCCUGUUCAGGUGCAAACUGCCUACAAGUGUGCCUGUGUUUUACGGGACACUAUAAAUCCUUAUUUGUUGCGAAGAAUAAAGGCAGAUGUAAAAAUGAAUCUGGCUUUACCAGAUAAGAGUGAACAGGUGCUGUUCUGUCGGUUAACUGAAGAGCAACGCGAGGUCUAUCAGAGUUUUAUAGAUUCCAAGGAAGUCUAUCAGAUUCUCAAUGGAGACAUGCAGGUGUUCCCUGGCCUGAUAGCUCUCAGGAAGAUCUGCAAUCACCCAGAUCUCUUUUCAGGUGGCCCUAAAAUCCUAAAAGGAGUGCCCGAUGAACAGCUAACUGAAGAAGAACAUUUUGGUUAUUGGAAGCGAUCUGGAAAAAUGAUUGUCGUCGAUGCUUUGCUAAAACUGUGGCACAAACAAGGACAUAGAGUAUUGCUCUUUUCACAGUCGCGGCAGAUGCUGGACAUCCUGGAGCUGUUUGUACGAAAUCUAGGGUAUACUUAUCUUAAAAUGGAUGGAUCAACAACAAUACCUUCCAGACAGCCACUCAUUUUGAAAUUCAAUGAGAGUCCUACCAUAUUUCUCUUCCUUCUAACCACUCGUGUUGGUGGCUUGGGGGUUAACUUGACCGGGGCAAACAGGGUUAUUAUCUAUGACCCUGACUGGAACCCAAGUACUGACACACAGGCCCGAGAGCGUGCCUGGAGGAUAGGUCAAACGAAACAAGUGACUGUUUACAGGUUACUGACAGCUGGAACGAUUGAAGAAAAGAUCUAUCACAGACAAAUUUUCAAGCAAUUCCUAUGUAAUCGUGUAUUGAAGGAUCCAAAGCAGAGGCGGUUCUUCAAAUCUAAUGAUCUCACUGAGCUUUUCACAUUAAGCAGCCCAGAUGGUUCUCAGGGAACAGAAACAAGUGCAAUUUUUGCAGGCACAGGGUCAGAUGUUCAAAUGCCAACCCCUCUCAGAAAGAAAACAGGAAAGAUUCUCGCUUCUUCACAGAAACGAAAAAUCCCUCUAUCAUACCAAGAUGCAGUUAUACCUUUUAAUUUGUCACAGCAUUCGUCUUCCCAUGGUAAUUCACAGCAAAACCAUUCAGACAGACUUCCUGAUAGUUCGCAAAGCGAGUUGAAAGAGGGCAAUAAUUGUGAGAAUUUUGAAACUCUGCCUCAGGUAAACCUGGAAACAACAUUUUCUCAAAGUCCAGUGAGUGUAAGUACAGAAUACCAAGGCUUCAAUAUUAACUGUGACAGAGGUGAACCCACUGAUCCACUACAAGAGACGUCUAGCAGCAAUUCUAAUUGUGCAGAAUAUAAACCCACGAUGCAUCCAGCAUCUGUCAGUAAAGCUGGACCCUCCAAUGAGCCAGGACAAACUGUGUCAGAAGAGGAGAGAAAAAGCAAUCACCUCAUUUCAGAAACAUUACAAAAUACGACAGAUCCCGGCAAAAGUUGUAGACUACUUCAUAAGCACCGGUCUAAAACCAAACAUCAGCUCUUAAAGAAUGACCGGGAUGGGGCUCUUUCAGACUGUGGACGUAAAGAUAAGCGCAAGCGCAGAAAACACAAGCACCACAACAGUGCCUACUUCGAAGGUGAGCACAUUCCACACCUGGUAAGGAGGCAGAAAUUUAAAAAGGAGGACUCUGAAGAAGAGCAGAAAGAGAAAGAAAUGCGCAGACAGAGUGAUGACUACGUGUUGGAAAAACUCUUCAAAAAGUCUGGAAUCCACAGUGUGAUGAAACAUGAUGUUAUCAUGGAAUCAUCCAACCCCGAUUAUGUGCUAGUUGAAGCAGAGGCUAAUCGAGUUGCUCAGGAAGCUUUGAAAGCACUGAAGGCAUCAAGACAACGUUGUUUGACUGUCUCUUCAUCCAGGAACAGUAGCAGUUCAUCACCGGGAGCAGUUGCUGGUUCAAAGUUAAGAUUUGGUCAGAAGAAGAACCCACUGAUCCCAACCAGCAGUCCUGCUUUCAAAUCCACACCAGCAAAAUGCAAGGACCCUGUUUUACCUGAGAAGGACAAUUUUGACAGAUCUCAUUUCAGUGGCAUUGCAACAGAAGAGGAGGCAGGUCACGUUCUUCCAUCGUCGUCUUCAUUACUGGCCAAAAUGCGUGCCAGGAAUCACCUGACUCUCUCACAAACAAUUGAGACUGGCGGGAGUUCAGAACCAGAGACAGCACCUCCCCCUGUUCCCACUGAGCAUGAUGAUCUGUUGGUGGAAAUGAGGAACUUCAUUGCAUUCCAGACUGGUAGCGAUGGGCAGGCCACAACUGCAGAGUUGUUACAAGAGUUCCAGUCCAAGCUAUCGUCAACGCAGACAGUUGUUUUCCGAGAACUACUUCGAAACUUGUGCACUUUCCACAGAAGUGCCUCAGGGGACGGAAUCUGGAAACUGAAGCCAGACUUCCGGUGAAUAUUCUUGCCUAUUCCAUUGCUGUAUGUUCUUUCAGCGAUGUAGCAGCUAUUGAAUUAAUUUUAUGAGUAAAGUUUAAAUUACCCAUGACAGAUUUUGUAAAAGCUAACAAAAUAUUCUUCAAGGUACAGUAACUGUCUCAGUUCUCAUUUGUGCAGGAAUAAUACUGAAAUGUUUCCAGUUUAGUCAGUUGUAUAGACUUACGUAAAAGAAAAAUAUUUAUGUUGAACUUUGAUAUUUAAUUUCGAGAAAAUAUUGCCACCUACCUCAAACAGGAGAAGCUCUAAAGCAUCAUGCUUUAAAAUUAAAUCGGUGACAGCUUCCAUUUUAUUACAGUUAUGAUCCCAAGCUAAUUAUAAUUCACUGGCUACUAAUCACUACUCUAAUAAUGUGGAUAAUAUUACAAGUAAUAAUUAACAACUGGAUAUUCUGCAUCCUAAAUAUGCUGAAGUUAGAUAUCCAUUUGCUCACCUUUGUGAAUUCAGAGAUGAUCAAGUUACAAAUUUUAAACCUGGACCACCAAAGUUGCAAUGAAAACAAGACUAGAUUUUGUAAGAAUGAUAUAGGACAAAGAUUCAGUGUCACACCAUGGUCACUCCCCUGCCAAUAAUUCACCCUGGCAUUUGUGCUGACAGAAGCUAUUACUUGUGGCUAGUUUUCCUUCAAUGUUCAAACAGGUAGAGGUUGCAAUUUGCAUACCACCAAUAUUCUGUUUAGAUAUUUCAGUAACAAUAUGAGGAACUUGAAUUUACGUAGCACCUUAUCACUUCAGGGUAUUCGAAGUUUACAAUCAGUGAAUUGCUUUUCGAGUGCAGUCACUGUUAUGUGUAUAUGUAUAUUAUGUAUAUAAAUGUUUAAGCAAGAAUCCAGUAAUAUCAAAUGAAUUGUCAACUGGAAUGUUUGUUUUUGGUUUUGACAAGAUUGUUGGCUAGAGUAUUGUACGUAGAGCUUUGAACAAUUCUUGUAUGAUAUCAUGGGACCUAUUAUUGCCAGCUUGAACAAACUUAUAGAUCGAGAUUUGAAAAUUUAAAAAAGCCUCCGGGCUUUUUUAAAAGCAAUGUUAUGGAAUUACAUUGGGCAACGUCUAUGAAAAGAACAAAAGAGUUGAAAUGUCAGAUCAUCAGAACAUGGAAAGAGUGUGAUGGAUGGAGAGGUCAAAAGGAAUGUCUGUGAUUGGAUAGAGACCAGAACAACUGUGGUCUGUUGGUUCUGGUGCUGGCUGGUAUACUAGCUGCAGCUGAUUUGUCUGGAGCAAUUGUAGUUGGAAGGAGUGAAAUGAAGCAGAGAGCAAAAGCACAAUGUUGGAAUUGUGUGUUUUAAAUCGUUGGAAACCUGAAAUAAAAGAAAAUACUGUAAACACUCAUCAAGUUAGUUGACAGCUAUGCAGACGGAAAAACUGAGACAGUGUUACAGAUUGAUGUCCUCACAUCAGAUUGGCUCAUUCUGGAAUAAGCUGGGAAGACUGGUUGGUUAUCUGAAAUUACCAAGUUCAGUGUUAAGUCUUCAAGGCUACUUUGUGUCUUCAUGGAAGAUCAGAUGCUGUUCCUUGAAUAUACAUUGGAAGUGUGUAAGGAGACCAGGUUUGACCAGAAUGGAAUGGGGAAGUAGUGACAAACAGUGGCAGCUGGAAGUCACUCUUGAGUUUGUGGUAGGUAGAGAAGGGGUAACAUUUUUUUUUAAUCUCUUCUUAUCCUACCAUUGAGCAACACAAAUACUCCUUCCGGUUAAAGGAGUAAUUCAACUGUACCUUUAGUUUGGAGGACUGCAGUUGGAGCUCACAGUGCGGCCACAUUAGUACUAGGUUUGGUGUCUGUUUUGAAGAACAGCUAGUAUCUGUUCAGUCCACAAAAGUGAAGAUCCAGUUGCCUGUCGCUUUAUUCCCCCACCUCACUUUGACAUGUCUUUGGUGUCUCAGCUGCUUACUAAAUGCAACAUAACCCUGAAUAGCUGACUUUCAGUGCAAUUAUUUUACGCACAUCAGGGCUCAACGUUGAAUUCAGUAAUUUCAGAUAACCAGCUCUUCCAGUUUGUGACAGAACUGGCUGCUCUGGUGUAAGAUCAUCUGCCUGUAACAUUGAUUCAUUUUCUCUCACCACAAAUGCUGCCUUACCCUCUGGGUAUUUCCAUGUUCUGUUUCUGCAUUAUCUCCCAUGUACAUCUGCAAAUGGGUCAUUCCGAAUAACUGAACUGAUAGUGAGAAUGGGAUGUUUAUCAUAAAAGGAUAGGCUGGAAAAGCUGGACGUAUCCUCUGGAGUUUAACAGAGUGAAAGCCAAACUUGAAGGAAACAAUAAUACCUUGAGAGUGCUUGACAGGGUAGAUGUCAAGAGGGUGCUUUCUCAUGGGAAGAUCAGAGCUCACUGUGUAAUACUAAGGGGCCAUCCAUUUAAUUUGGAGAUGAGGAGAAGUAUUAAUUUUCUCUGAGAAUUGAGCAUCUCUGAGGGGUGAAAUGUUACUACGGAGGCAGAACUGUGUUUCCUUCACAACUUGAUCAGAAAUGGUCUCAUUGAAUCAUAGACCAGGCUCAAAGGGCAAGAGUGUGGCCUACUCAGAAUCAGAAUCUGGUUUAUUAUCACUGGCAUGUGUUCUGAAACUUGUUAAUUUUGCAGCAGCAGUACAGUGCAAUCCAUGAUAAUUAUAGAAAGAAAAAAAUAAGUAAAUCAAUUACAGUAAGUAUAUAUGUAUAUUAAAUAUAGUGCAAAAACAGAAAUAUAUAUUUUAAUAAAAAGUAUUCAUGGGUUCAAUGCCCAUUUAGGAAUCGGAUGGCAGAGGGGAAGAAGCUGUUCCUGAAUCGCUGAGUGUGUGCCUUCAGGCUUCUGUACCUCCUACCUGAUGGUAACAAUGAGAAAAGGGCAUGCCCUGAGUGUUGGGGGUCCUUGAUGAUGGACACAUCCCUCCUUGAAGAUGUCUUGGGUACUAUGGAGACUAGUACCCAAGAUGGAACUGACUAUUAGUAACAUAGAAAAUAGGUGCAGGAGUAGGCCAUUUGGCCCUUCGAGCCUGCACCGCCAUUCAGUAUGAUCAUGGCUGAUCAUCCAACUCAGAACCCUGUACCUGCCUUCUCUCCAUACCCCCGAUCCCUUUAGCCACAAGGGCCAUAUCUAACUCCCUCUUAAAUAUAGCUAAUGAACUGGCCUCAACUGUUUCCUGUGGCAGAGAAUUCCACAGAUUCACCACGCUCUGUGUGAAGAAGUUUUUCCUCAUCUCGGUCCUAAAAGGCUUCCUCUUUAUCCUCAAACUGUGACCCCUCGUUCUGGACUUCCCCAACAUCGGGAACAAUCUUCCUGCAUCUAGCCUAUCCAAUCCCUUUAGGAUUUUAUACGUUUCAAUAAGAUCCCCCUUCAAUAUUCUAAAUUACAGCGACUAUAAGCCUAGUCGAUCCAGUCUUUCAUCAUAUGAAAGUCCUGCCGUCCCAGGAAUCAAUCUGGUGAACCUUCUUUGUACGCCCUCUAUGGCAAGAAUGUCUUUCCUCAGAUUAGGACCAAAACUGCACACAAUACUCCAGGUGUGGUCUCACACCUGUUGUACAACUGCAGUAGUACCUCCCUGCUCCUGUACUCGAAUCCUCUUGCUAUAAAUGCCAGCAUACCAUUCGCCUUUUUCACUGCCUGCUGUACCUGCAUGCCCACUUUCAAUGACUGGUGUAUAAUGACACCCAGGUCUCGUUGCACCUCCCCUUUUCCUAAUCGGCCACCAUUCAGAUUUUCCUGUUCUUGCCACCAAAGUGGAUAACCUCACAUUUAUCCACAUUAAAUUGCAUCUGCCAUGAAUUUGCCCACUCACCUAACCUAUCCAAGUCACCCUGCAUCCUCUUAGCAUCCUCCUCACAGCUAACACUGCCGCCCAGCUUCGUGUCAUCUGCAAACUUGGGUAUGCUGCAUUUAAUUCCCUCGUCUAAGUCAUUAAUAUAUAUUGUAAACAACUGGGAUCCCAGCACUGAGCCUUGCGGUACCCCACUAGUCACUGCCUGCCAUUCUGAAAAGGUUCCGUUUAUUCCCUCUCUUCUUACAAUUUUCUGUAGUUUCUCUCAGUCCUGUGCAGUAGCACCCACUCCCCCUCCAUACCAGACAGAGAUGCAGCCUGUCAGAAUGCUCUCCACGGUACAUCUAUAGGAGUUUUAGAGUGUUUUAGGUGACAAACCAAAUCUCUUCAAACUCCUGAUGAAAUAUAGCUGCUGUCUUGCCUUCUUUAUCGCUGUAUCGAUAUGUUGGCACCAGGUUGGAUCCUCAGAGAUCUUGAUACCCAAGAACUUGAAACUGCUCACUCUCUCCACUUCCGAUCCCUCUAUGAAGAUUAGUUUGAGUUCCCUCAUCUUACCUUUCCAGAAGUCUACAAUCAGCUCUUUUGUCUUACUGACAUUGAGUUCAAGCUUUUUGCUGUGACACCACUCAACUAGCUGGUAUAUUUCACUCCUGUACACCCUCUCAUCUCCAUCUGAGAUUCUAACAACAAUCUUUGUAUCAUCAGCAAAUUUAUUGAUGGUGUUUGAGCUAUACUAGUCACACAGUCAUGGGUAUAGAGGGAGUGGACCAGUGGGCUAAGCAUACACCCCUGAGGUUUCAAGGUGCAUUAAUUAUCAAAGAAUGUAUAGAUUAUACAAUCUUGAGAUUUGUUUGCUUACAGGCAGAUGCAAAGCAAGGAACCCAGAAGAACCCAAUUUAAAAAGUAAGACCAACCCCCAGUGCCCACAGAGAAAGAGAAAAAAAGACUCAAAACAAAUCAAGCAAACAAUUGAAGCGAGCAAUAACAACACCAUUCCAAACCAAAUUGAGUCCUUAGGUCCAAGUCCGUGGAGCAACCCAGAAUAGGCCCAAACCCUCAGUUUAUAAUAUUAAUAUUAGUGGAACAAAUUACCGCACAGUUCACAGACACAAAACACAGCAGCUAGGGGCAGUCUCACACUGACGAGAGGAGCCCGCAGUCUAUCUUGUACUAAGACCUGGCCCUGCAACCAGCAAAUCACUCUGGGCCUAGAUUUUGUUGCAGGAGAAGCCAUUCUCGACAUCUCCAAACCAGCUCAAUGCCCAGAGUGAUUCAACCUCACAGAACAUCCUCCCUUCCAGUCUAUCUGGGCCAGUGUUUAGAUUGGUCAAACAACGUAUUGUACAGUGGCAUGCAAAAGUUUGGGCACCCCUUGUCAAAAUUUCUGUUACUGUGAAUAGCUAAGCGAGUAAAAGAUUAACUAAUUUCCAAAAGGCAUAAAGUUAAAGAUGACACAUUUCUUUAAUAUUUUAAGCAAGAAAACUUUAUUUCCAUCUUUUACAGUUUCAAAAUAACAAAAAAAAAGGAAAAGGGCCCGAAGCAAAAGUUUGGGCACCCUGCAUGGCAGUACUUAGUAACACCCCCUUUGGCAAAUAUCACAGCUUGUAAAUGCUUUUUGUAGCCAGCUAAGAGUCUUUCAGUUCUUGUUUGGGGGAUUUUCGCCCAUUCUUCCUUGCAAAAGGCUUCUAGUUGUGUGAGAUGCUUGGGCCAUCGU